CUGAGCUGUGCUGCACCGUGCAGCUACUCACCUCUGACUGAAUCCCAUAUCUACCUUUCAUCCUUCAACUUGUCCCGCGCGAGGAUGGAUGCCUUUCACUGCUCUUGGAGCGGGUGAAGUGUCAGGAGGAGGAAUGCGGUCGGACGGCGGAACCGUCAGUAACUGGAAUGCGUUUGGGCGUCGGUGAUUUUUGAAUUGGUGACUGCAAGAACCGCCAACGUGUCGGCGAAUUGACAGACCACAGCUUACUGGUGCGCUCUUGGAGAGGAGGAACGGAGAUGUGAAUACGAACGACUUCCCCUCAUCACCUAAAAUAACAGUUUUAGGUUGUUUUAGUGAACUGACCUCACACAGUGAAUUGUCAUAAAGUGACACAAGUGAAAACGGGACUGAUUAAUUGAUCGCUUAUUUUCUGCUUGAGGAGGAAUUCAUGCGCCGAUAGCUUACGAGGCCAAUAUGCCAGAAUGGGUUCUCUACAGUAUUUAUUUCUUUGUGGACUUCUGUACAGCCAAUCCGAAGGGUCUCGUCUUCGCCAGGAAGAUUCCCCUCCUCGCAUUGUUGAACACCCUUCUGACCUCAUUGUAUCCAAGGGGGAACCAGCAACUCUCAACUGUAAAGCAGAAGGCCGCCCAACCCCAACGGUGGAAUGGUACAAAGAUGGCGAACGUGUUGAGACGGACCGUGAAAAUCCACGCUCCCACCGAAUGCUGCUGCCCAGCGGGUCCCUCUUCUUCCUGCGUAUCGUCCAUGGACGACGGAGCAAGCCAGAUGAUGGCAGCUACGUGUGUGUGGCCCGGAACUAUCUGGGAGAGGCUGUGAGCCGGAACGCAUCUCUGGAAGUCGCAUUGUUACGCGAUGACUUCAAGCAGAACCCACAGGAUGUGGUGGUGGCGGUGGGGGAGACUGCCAAUUUUGAGUGUCAGCCUCCGCGUGGGCAUCCUGACCCCACUACCUUCUGGAGGAAAGAUAAGACUCGUGUUGACCUCAAGGAUGACAGGUUCACGGUUCGAGGGGGAAAGCUGACUAUCUCAAAUACCAAGAAGAGCGAUUCAGGGAUUUUUGUGUGUGUGGCCUCCAACAUGGUUGGAGAGAGAGAAAGUGAAAAAGCUCAGCUCUCAGUGUUUGAAAGACCAGCGUUUGUGCAACGGCCUGUGAACCAGGUGGUUUUAGUUGAUGAGAGCGUAGAUUUUCGGUGUCAGGUCCACGGUGACCCACCACCUGCACUGCGUUGGAAAAAGGAGGAUGUGGAUAUUCCUCGUGGCAGGUAUGACAUCAGAUAUGACAGAGAGGACUUCCUGCUGAGGAUUAAGAAAGCAUCAGUCAGCGAUCAGGGAACCUUCACUUGUAUAGCAGAGAACCGUGUGGGUAAAGCAGAGGCCUCCGCCUACCUGACUAUCAGAGCUCGCCCUAUUGAGGCACCUCAGUUUGUGGUGCGACCCCGAGACCAGAUUGUGGCUCAAGGUCGAACAGCUACCUUUCCCUGUGAGACCAGAGGGAAGCCUCAACCCACUGUCUUCUGGCAAAGAGAGGGCAGCAAGGAUCUUCUAUUCCCCAAUCAGCCAGCACAGGGGGACAGUCGUGUGUCUGUGUCUGUGAAUGGAGAGCUGACCAUCUCGUCUGUGCAACGCUCAGACGCAGGUUAUUAUAUCUGCCAAGCCCUCACCGUGGCAGGCAGCAUCAUGGCCAAAGCCCAGCUUGAGGUAGCAGACGCCUCAAAGGACCGGCCACCUCCUAUCAUCCGACAAGGCCCAUCCAACCAAACGCAGGCACUGGGAGGAGUGUCCCUACUUAGAUGUCAGGCAUCAGGAGACCCAGAGCCUACAAUCACCUGGCGAAAGAAUGGGGCAAAUUUACUUGGAAAGGAUCAACGCUUUUCCUUACUGGAACAUGGAAGUCUUCAGAUCCAGAGUACUAGGCUGUCCGACUCCGGGUUGUACACCUGUGUUGCUACCAGCUCCAGUGGAGAAACAUCAUGGAGUGCCUACUUGGAUGUCAGAGUCUCUUUUGUUUCCUCAGAGUCCACUGACCUCAUGGAUUUUAUGUCCCACAAUACAACUGCCCUCCCAGGGCCACCCUCCAAGCCAGAGGUCACUGAUGUUACCAAGAGCAGCAUCUCAUUGUCAUGGGAACCCGGGCCUGAGCUGGGUUCCCCAGUGUCCUCCUAUGUCAUCGAGGCUUUUGGUCAGUCAGUGAGUAACAGCUGGCAAACAGUGGCCGACCAUGUGAAGACCACCGAGUCUACAGUCAGAGAUCUACGACCCAAUACUGUGUACCUGUUUAUCAUCAGGGCAGUCAAUGCUCAAGGGCUGGGAGACCCAAGUCCAAUGUCUGAGCCUGUCCGAACUCAAGACAUCAGUCCCACAGCUCAGGGAGUGGACCACCGUCGUGUGCAGAAGGAAUUGGGGGAUGUUGUGGUCAACAUGCAUAAUCCUGUAGUCCUUAGCUCCACUUCAGUGCAGGUCACAUGGACUGUGGAGAAUCCAUCCCAGUUUAUUCAAGGCUACCGUGUUUUGUACCGGCAAACUUCAGGGCUGCCCUCACCAGGGCCGUGGCAGAUGCAGGACUUGAGGGUCGCCUCUGAGAGGGACAUAACUCUCUCUGGUUUGAAAAAAGGCAUUGUCUAUGAGAUUAAAGUGCGACCAUUUUUCAACGAGUUCCAGGGUGCAGAUAGUGAAUCCAUGACAGCACGCACCAUGGAAGAAGCACCCAGUGCUCCACCACAGCAAGUGACAGUCUUAACAGUGGGAAGCCAUAACAGCACAUCUAUCAGUGUGUCAUGGGACCCCCCUCCAUCUGACCAACAAAAUGGGAUCAUCCAGGAGUACAAGAUCUGGUGUUUGGCCAACGACACCCGCUUUCAUGUCAAUAAGUCUGUGGAUGCAACCAUCCGUUCAGUGGUGGUCGGGGGUCUCCAGACAGGAGUGCAGUACCGUGUGGAGGUGGCUGCAGGCACCAGUGCAGGGGUGGGGGUUAAGAGUAAACCCCAGCUCAUCAUCUUGGGUGCAGAAUUAAGGGAUAUAAUGACAGGAUCGGAGGGCAACAAUAGCAUCUCCGACGUGGUAAAGCAGCCAGCCUUCAUUGCUGGCUUGGGAGGAGCCUGCUGGAUUGUCCUUAUGGGUUUCAGUGCCUGGCUGUACUGGAGGAGAAAAAAGAGGAAGGGCCUGAGCAACUAUGCAGUUCAGUCCUUCACCUUUACUCGUGCAGUAACAUUCCAAAGAGACAGAGGCCUGAUCAGAAAUGGAAGCCGUCCAGGGUUAUUGAAGGGGGGUGAUCCAGGCCUCCCCUGGUUGGCUGACUCUUGGCCUUCCACAAGCCUUCCAGCUAAUGGAGGCUUAGGGAGUCCGAAGGGCAGCAGCAACUUUGGCCGAGGAGAUGUUUUACCGUCUGCAGCAGUAGAGAAAACGGGCACCAUGCUGUCUGAUGGUGCCAUCUACAGCAGUAUUGACUUCAUGGGGAAAGGAGGAUAUAGCAGCCCAGCGCGAGGCAGUCAGCCCACCCCCUACGCCACCACUCAGAUACUCCAGUCCAACAGCUUCCAUGAGCUGGCUGUGGACAGGCCAGAUCCCCGCUGGAAGGCUUCUCUCCAAGCCCAGCAGGAAAUGGCAAACAUGGGCUACUCACUAACUGACAGACGCCCUGGUAAUGGAGCAAAGGUGGGGAAGAAAAAAAAGUUAAAGGGUGUCACGAAAACAUCCAAAUCAAAUGGGACAUGUUGGGCUAACAUGCCUCUGCCUCCACCACCCAUGCAUCCACUCCCUGGUACCGAGGUUGACCUUGACCGGUACCCCCAGGAAAACCAUGGAGGAGGAUAUGAUAACAGCAGUUGGGCCCCACCCAUAUCCGUCCAGACCUACCGCCACCAGAAUUUGGACAAAAAUGUAGAAGAGGAGAGAGGUCCGACUCCUCCCCUGAGAGGAAGAUCCUCCUCGCCGGCAGCAGCUCCCUUCAGCCAACCUUCAUCCUCCUCUCUCAGUUCUACACACCAUGAGGAAAUGCAAUCCAUUUUGCAGGCCCACUUAGAUGAGCUGACCAGAGCUUACCAAUAUGAAGUAGCAAAGCAGGCAUGGCAUAUGAAGAGCAGUCCAAAUGUGUCCAAUGCCACAAUGGAUUUCAUGUCCACUACACUUGGCUCUGAUUUGGGAGCCACUCUUCUUUCUGAGGAAGAUGAUGAGGAGGAGGAUGAAAGAUAUGCUGUGGUGUCAAAGAAUUUGUGUGGCUUUGAAUACACUCCUGGUCACAGCGUGGAUAACAAGGGCUCAGGCAAAACCUCCCAGCAGUGUCACUCAGAUAGCUUUGACACAUCAGACCAUGGUGCACAGGGCACACAUAGCCUUGGACACAAGAGGGCACCACUUGCUGGCCAUAAACCUCAGACAGGCAAGGUUGGAACUCUUCCCAGACCAAGAGACACCAACACAGACGCCCACACACCGGCUAUGAAGUCCCUUCACGGCAUAAGUUCCCACAUGCACAGCUCGUGGGCAGCUGCAGCCUCAGACCCCUCUGAGGAGUGCAUGGUGACUGUGUCAACGCUAGAGAGGCAGCAUAUGGCUUCCUGGAGUGGCACGACAUCAUCCGGCAUGGCCACCCUGAGUAGGGGUUCCCACAAGAGACCUGGCACAGACCUCUCCCACAAUGGGCAUCCAUCCACUAACGGCACAGAAAACAGGGAACACUAGUCGAAGUGAAGCAUAACUCCCUACAGUUACAAUCUGUCCCUGGACAACUUGUUAAUAAGCGCUAUGAGAUUUUCCAUCCGCAAGAAUAUUGUUCAGAAGAUGGAGAGGACAUAGAAUGAAGGAAGAAACAAAAGGGUGCAAAAUAAAACGCAGAGCUGUAAAUGUCAUGUACAGACACAGACACCACCCUCACUGUGUUAUUUUCAUCCCCUCUUCAAAAGAGUUAAGAAUGCGUUAUAUGUCUGCUUCUGUUUUCUGUCACAUGGUACAAAGGUUCACACUGGAGAUAUGAAGAAGAAACACAACAAAAAGACUCAUUCAAAUUAAAAAAAGGACUUGCAAACUUUGUAAAUAGAUUUUUUUAAAUGUUUCUUUUUCUCUGUUUCCUUUGCUUUGCUAUGCAAGCCAAACCCGAUGUUGUCUCUUUUGUGAUUUAUUAUUGUGAAUCAUUUUUUCAUUAAUGCGCAAACUGUUAGCCUAUUUUGAUGAAGCUACUGUAUUAUUGUAUUUUGCACAGAGCGUUUUGGUGAAAAUAAGCACAAACUCAUUGUCAGCUGAGGUGAGGAGGAGAAUCAUGAUGGCAAAGCAGAAAAAAUGUAUGUUAAACAGAACAGAAUCAUAUAUAUUUGGCUGUGUGGUAAUUGUUUGGGAAAUACUUGCUAUUACUGUUUUCCCUAAAAAAAGGGAAAAAGAAAAAAAUGACUGGUACACGCUUUGAACUAAUAUGCCAAAAAAUAGUUUACAAUAUUUCAUACAUCUUGCUAUGAAACAUAUUAUACGUUACACAAACUAUGGUUCUCAGCAUUUGAUAACCAGCAUUUUUUUUUAUGGUAACAAAGCAACACAUUAAUUGUGAUAUCCAAAGCAAAGUAUUAAAACAAUAGUAAUUUCUCUGCCAUUUUACAAAAGAAUAUACAAAUGAAUUAUAUAUCUCUUUCUUUUCCAGUUACAUCCAGUGACAUGAUAAAGGUGCAAUAUUCAAAAGAUAAUAUGACAGUGAAAGGAAAUGAGAAGGAGCAGAGAAAGAUGCAUUAAAGUGACCUAAAUUCACAUGCAGACACACAAAAAAGGUGCAACCUAUAAGACAAAAACGUGUUGAUAAACAAAAACAAUAUCAUACUGUAUUGAUUUAUUGCAACAUUGCUGAAUGGUUAUGAGUUUACACUGUCAUCAUACAAAAAAUGUAUAGACUUCAUUGGCAGCCAACUUAAAAGAUCUUUUACAACUUUAAAAAUGCAGCAGAUUAGGAUUUCCUACCUGUAAGAUGCAAUCUUUUCACACCUGUUUGCUUGAUCAUUUUUGUUGUAACAGCGCACCCUUUGAAGAAUCUUUACGUGACAGAUUGGCUUGCCCUCAGGAAUCCACAGCCACAUACCGUCGGGGCAUUUUUUUCAAUCCUUUGAUGCAAAAUAAAAAUGUGUGUGAAAAUGAACCAGAUUUCUCCUCAUAAUACCUGUGUCUGAAACACUCUUUGUAUAUACACUGAAUGGAGCUGCCUAUAAGAAUUAUUUGAGUUUUAGAGAACUGAAAUUACAAAGCCAGCUUUUGCAUACAUGUAAUUGACUGACAGUGAAAACACUUCAAGCUCAAAGGAAUGCAGGUAGUAUUUUUUUUCUUUUUUUUCAUUGGCAGAUAAAAUGUAUUUAUUUUGUGUGGGAAUGUUAAUAUCAUUUAAGUACUGAAAAAGUUUACAUCAAUUACAAUGUUAUUUGCCAGCAGAAUGCAACAUGUGUGUUCCCAAGACAAGAAGAUCCCUUCAUUAUUGAUUUGGUAAAUUUGCUAUGUUAAGAUAACUUUAUGAAUCCAGUUUUACCUAAUUUUGACAAACAUUAAUGCUUUAAUUACAUUUUAUAAGGUGUGUCCACAAAACCACAUUGUUUUUGGGAUACUUUAAAUUUGGACAUGGCACAUCUAAGCAUUCAUGCAAAUGUGAAAACGGUACAUCCCUUUUAAGAACUGAGCAACACACUGCAAAAUAUAUGGUAGUAUUCUUUUUAAAGUGUAA